GCAGGUGCUCUGCAGUCAGCGCCAUGGCUGCCCGCGCUCCUGAGCUCGCGCGCUCCCUGCUUGCUGCCCUUCUGGCUCCCGCGCUAGUGGCACUACUGGUGUCGCCGGCCUGGGGACGCGGAGGCCGGGACCACGGGGACUGGGACGUGGACAGGCGACUGCCUCCACUGCCACCCCGCGAUGACGGGCCGCGCGUGGCCCGCUUCGUGACUCACGUCUCGGACUGGGGCUCGCUGGCCACUAUCUCCACGAGAGAGGAGGUGCGCGGCAGGCCCUUCGCGGACAUCAUCUCAAUUAGUGACGGUCCUCCGGGAGAAGGCUCAGGCGAGCCCUACAUGUACCUGAGUCCGCUGCAACAAGCAGUGAGCGACCUGCAGGGAAAUCCAGAGGCUACGCUGACUAUGUCUUUAGCACAGACUGCCUACUGUAGGAACCAUGGAUUUGAUCCCCAGAGUCCCCUCUGUGUUCAUAUAAUGAUGUCCGGGACUGUGAUCAAAGUAAAUGAGACAGAAGAGGGCUACGCACGGGACUCGCUAUUCAUCAGACACCCUGAGAUGAAACACUGGCCUCCUAGCCAUAAGUGGUUCUUUGCUAAGUUAAAAAUAAGCAAUAUCUGGGUUUUGGACUACUUUGGUGGACCGAAAGUAGUGACACCUGAAGAAUAUUUUAACGUCACACUGCAGUGAAGCAAAUACGGUGAACUGGAUCACACCAGCGACAGGUCUUCCAAGGCUCAUGCACACAGAGGGCUCGACCCUGCCUGGCUGCUAGCCCACUCUGCCACCUCUUGUUUCGAUUUCCUUUGCUUGUCUUUGCAGAGUGUUGUCCAUUAGAAGACGUGCUUGCUGGAUUUAAAAAAAAAAAAAAAAGUCUUGAAGCCAUUUUCAGAGAAAAAUGCCCUUCUUUAUGAUCAAGGAAGCCAUGCUCGGUGCUUUUUCCUCAGUGGUGCCCUCAGUAGGGUGACAUAUACCAGCUGUAGACCGCCCAUUGGCACUGGAGGUCCAGAGGUGCAGAUGCUCUGUGCCUGAUGGCCACUGUGCCUGAAGGUGCUGUGCUCACCCAGCUGCCUCAGGAGCCAGUGCAGAGGGGCCGUAUGAAUCCUCCAGUCCAGGACAGCAGUGACCACGGAUGCAGCGUCCCAUUCACGUCAACCUGUAUAGCUGAUCAGCACAAGGCAAAGCUGGGUCUUCUGUAAAACUCCAUAAACGUCUUACAUUCUAAAGUCAUCGUUACCCAGAACAAAAUAAAUCAGAAAGAUUUUCCUGCAUCCAUUCUCCAUCUAAGUAGACUGUACACUCACUCCUCAUCCUUCGGAAUGUGCACGCCUGAGCUGGGGCGCAGCUUUCUUGGCACAGAGCUUGCCAAGCAUGAAUGGGACCAUAACGUCGAAACAACCAGCCAGCCACAGACGACAUCUUUAUGUGCAUGAAAAAGCAACCUCAGAAGAAAAAGGAUUUCGCAUAUGUUGGGCUCUUUUUCGUAAGACUUAACCCUGUGCCAGCCGCAAUCCAAGCCCUCCUCCGGCAUUCUGUAUCUUGAAGCUCCUGGUGCUGCCGCCUGCGUCCUCUGUGGGAUGUACCACGGUACUGUGGCAUAAAAACAAACUACAACAACAACAAAACAUGUCUCUGCACCAGAGGAUGGCUCAGCUUGUAAGAUGACUGCUCUAGCAGAGGACCCAAGUUCAGUACCCGCAAGGGGUCAGACAGGCACAUAUGCCCAGAACUCCAGCUCCAGGAGAUCAAAUACCUCUAGCCUCCAAGGUCACCUGCACUGGAAUACACACACCCACACAUAGACACACAGCGACACAAUUUCAAACAGUACAUCUUUUAUUCCAAAGAGGUACUACUUAGUUUAAUUACCUGUUUCAUGCUCUUGGAUGACAUAAGAUUUCUUUUAACAGAGUGUGGGGGAAUCAAGACACUGACUUAAACAGCCAAAAAAAAAAAAAAAAAAGUUAACUAUGAACCAUCAUGUUGGAGAAAGAGAUGGUAAUCAUAACAGAAAUCCAGCAAACGACGUCUCAGUCAAAACCCACUAAACAGUAAGGAUCUUGUUAUUGAAAUCAGUAAUUAAAAGCAUUAUUAU